CCUUAACGUCCCCCUUCAAAAAAAGAAGAACGAAGAGUGUUGCUAACAAUGGCAGCUAACACGGAGCUCCGGAUGGAUCAGCUCCCUUCAGACCCGCUUCUUCACGUCUUAUCCUUCCUGAGUUUCAGAGACCUGAUCCAUUGCAGUUAUGUGAGCCGGAGGUUGAGCGAGUUGUCCAAACACAACCCGCUGUGGAAGUCGCUCUGCUCCAAACACUGGCUGCUGACUGAGUGAUCUCAGGAUCAGGCGGCUCAGGAACCGUCAGCCAUCCACAUGUUCAUCACAGGUUCCUGUUUCAUGGAGUGGUUCACUGCAUACGUCCACAACGUGGUCAGCGGAGAAUAUCCCAUAAUCAGAGACCAGAUCUUCAGGUACGUGCACGAUAAACGCUCCGUUGCGACCACCAGAGACAUCUCCGUCUCCGUCUCCACCUCCUUCCUGCCGGAACUUUCCUCCGUCCGUCCACCGCACUUCUUCUUCACCUACCGCAUCAGAAUAGAGAUGUCGAGCAGUGCGUCUCCCGAAGCUGCCUGUCAGCUGGACAGCCGCUACUGGAAGAUCACCACAUCGGACGGCAAAGUGGAGGAAGUCCAGGGUCCCGGCGUGGUCGGAGAGUUUCCCGUCAUGACGCCCGGGAAAGUGCACGAAUACGCCAGCUGCACUACCUUCUCCACGCCGUCAGAGUACAUGGAGGGUCACUACAUGUUCCACAGACUGGCCAAUAAAGAGCAAGUUUUCCACGUGGCGAUCCCUCGCUUCUACAUGGUCUGCCCGCCGUUCAGAGAGCCUCUGGGCAGAACGCAGAAUGCGUUGGUGAGUUACCGGCCUCGCUUUGACGACGACGGCGGCGAUGACGACGAGUUCUGCGAAGAAGACGGAGACGACGACUUUGGCGACCUGAGAGGAAUCAACAUGGCGGGAGCGUGGUGCCCUCGCCACAUCUGACAGGAAACAGCUGAGUGACUCACAGACAGCAAAGGAUUCUGGGACAGGUAACCAGAGACACACGUGGGACAGAAUCUCGCCAUCUUCCAGCUGCCAGAGCCGCCGCCGCCGCCGCCAACGGGAGAAUGAGGUUUUAGGAAACCUUGUCUUUGUUUUCUCGCUACGAUGUGAAACUGUCACAGACAAUGGGGACGGGGGACACACACACACACACACACACACACACACACACACACACACACAGACACACACACACACACACACACGCACGUGAGAUGGCUCUCUGGUUCCUGAGAGGUUUUGGACAUGUGGCUCUAUACACGCUAAAAGUAGUGAUUAUUUACAUGGAGUCUGGUGGAAAUAUGCUGGCU